GACACGAGUGAGGUGGGUCUUGCAAAGCUCGCGGUGUACUGUUAAAAUUCCAUUGCCAACCAUUUAGCAAGGCUAGCUACUGUAUCUGUCAGUUAGCAAGCAAGCUAGCAAGCUAUUAACCCCCACAUACCAGAGGGAAAACGGGAGAUACAUUAUCCAGGCAUGGAUCUAUUUGUAGAUGGAAUUUCUAUUUUCUAAAACGGAGGCGAUACAAAUUGUCUGGAUGUGUGCUUUGCCUACGUCCUAUUCGGAUGUGGCUAGCAACCUCUCAAGCUAGCCAACUGGAAACAAUCGGUGGAUAACCUGUCUAAUUCGAAGAGACUUGGGAGUUUGCCAGUACCAGGGAUCCUUGGAGGAAGCACGCUUUUCAUUGCUGAAAAUAGUCCAACCGAAUGUCGUGUCCAUCAUGAGUCCCGGCGGGUGCCCUCAUGUGAACAGUUUUAAAGUGGAUAACUGGAAACAAAAUCUACGGGUUAUUUACCAAUGCUUUGUGUGGAGCGGAUCAGCCGAAACCAGGAAACGCAAGGCCAAGUCGUGUAUCUGUCACAUGUGCGGCGCUCAGCUGAACCGGCUCCACUCCUGCCUCUACUGCGUCUUCUUCGGCUGCUUCACCAAGAAACACAUCCACGAGCACGCCAAGAACAAACGGCACAACCUGGCUAUGGAUUUACUAUAUGGGGGAAUAUACUGUUUUGUGUGCCAGGACUACAUAUAUGACAAAGACAUGGAACAGAUCGCCAAAGAGGAACAAAGGAAAGCAUGGAAAUGGCAAGGGGUGGGGGAGAAGUACUCGACGUGGGAGCCCACCAAGAGAGAGCUGGAGCUCCUCAGACCCAACCCCAAGAGGAGGAAAAUCACCACCAACUGCACCAUAGGGCUGAGAGGGCUGAUCAACCUGGGCAACACGUGCUUCAUGAACUGCAUCGUCCAGGCCCUCACACACACCCCUCUGCUCAGGGACUUCUUCCUGUCCGACAGACACAAGUGUGAGAUGCAGGCCAACUCCUGCCUGGUGUGUGAGAUGUCCCAGCUGUUCCAGGAGUUCUACUCGGGGCACCGCUCGCCCCACAUUCCCUUCCGCCUGCUGCACCUGGUGUGGACUCACGCACGCCACCUGGCGGGCUACGAGCAGCAGGACGCCCACGAGUUCCUCAUCGCAGCGCUGGACGUGCUGCACCGACACUGCAAGGAUGACAAUGGGAAGAAGGCCAACAACCCAAACCACUGCAACUGCAUCAUCGACCAAAUCUUCACCGGGGGCCUGCAGUCAGACGUCACCUGUCAAGUCUGCCAUGGUGUUUCCACGACCAUCGACCCAUUCUGGGACAUCAGUCUGGACCUGCCGGGCUCCUCCACGCCCUUCUGGCCCCUCAGCCCCGGCAACGACGGCACCCUGCUCAACGGAGAGAGUCACAUGAGCGGAGCCACCACCCUCACUGACUGUCUGCGCAGGUUCACCCGGCCCGAGCACCUAGGGAGCAGCGCCAAGAUUAAGUGCAGCAGUUGCCAUAGCUACCAAGAGUCCACCAAACAGCUGACUAUGAAGAAGCUCCCCAUCGUUGCCUGUUUCCACCUCAAAAGGUUUGAGCACUCUGCCAAGCUGAGGAGGAAGAUUACUACUUACGUCUCCUUUCCUUUGGAACUGGACAUGACCCCUUUCAUGGCCUCCAGUAAAGAGAGCAGGAUGAAUGGUCAGUACCAGCAGACUGUCGACCCCUUCAACAACGACAACAAGUACUGUCUGUUUGCGGUGGUGAACCACCAGGGCACCCUGGAGAGCGGCCACUACACCACCUUCAUCCGCCAGCACAAGGACCAGUGGUUCAAGUGUGAUGACGCCAUCAUCACCAAAGCAACCAUCAAGGACGUGUUGGACAGCGAGGGGUACCUGCUGUUCUACCACAAACAGUUCCUGGAGUACGAAUAGACCCUCCUCGGCAUAAAGAAGUCUACACACACAUCCAAACAGCAGAGAGAUGAGGAGAGAGGGGAGAUGGGGCAUGGGAUCAGAAUCAGGGAUCAGAAUCAUGCCUCCUCUCUAAUAAACAAACAAGAACAAUCUGCACUGAACUGCUAUAGUAUCCACUUGAUAGAACAGGACGUGUAGGCGGAUUAGAAGAGCAGGCAUAUUUUCCCUCUGAUACUUUACUUCGUAGACAAAUGGACAAUGAAUAUACUAGCUUUUUCCGAAUCCUUAGUUCCAUUUGACCACGCAAAUCAUCUCGACCAAGCAUUUAAAGGAGAGGAGACAAGUUUGUCUUGUAUCUGUAUAUGCAUUAUUGCUCUAAAUGCAAAAAAAAAAAUUAAUACAGAGAAAUGGUAUUAAGAUUAUGGCAGAUGUGAAUAUGGAAAUCAUUUUGAAUUUCAGUUGCAAAAUACUGUAUGAACCUAGCACACAUGUAUUUUUUAAAUGAAAAAAGGCAAAGUCUGCGUGGAGGGGAGGAGUCUGCGUGGAGGGGAGGAGUCUGUGUUGAGGGGAGGAGUCUGUCACGUGUUUCGUUCUUUUGUCAUGUCGAGGGUUAGGGACAACACAUAGGUAUAUUUUUAUACGUCAUUCAAAGCUCUGUUUACAGUGUACCCACCCCUCCCCCUUUCCGAAGCUUGGCGUUCAUCGUGCCGCAUCGUCGCGUUCUUUUCAGAAGAAAAGCUUCUCUCAUGACCCUGCUGUCGUGGAGCCUGUGUUCCCAUGACGCUGCUGUCGUGGAGCCUGUGUUCCCAUGACGCUGCUGUCGUGGAGCCUGUGUUCCCAUGACGCUGCUGUCGUGGAGCCUGUGUUCCCAUGACGCUGCUGUCGUGGAGCCUGUGUUCCCAUGACGCUGCUGUCAUGGAGCCUGUGUUCCCAUGACCCUGCUGUCGUGGAGCCUGUGUUCCCAUGACGCUGCUAUCGUGGAGCCUGUGUUCCCAUGACGCUGCUGUCAUGGAGGUUGUGUUCCCAUGACACUGCUGUCAUGGAGCCUGUGUUCCCAUGACCCUGCUGUCGUGGAGCAUGUGUUCUAACGGUCCGCUAGGUUUGUGUAUGUCUGUCGUCGUGGUGAUGAUGAUGGCGUAUUGUGUGUGUGUGCAGGAUGCCUGGGUGUAAAGGGUUGUGAAACCAUGAGACAGCGCUGUUCUCACAUCUGUAUCCUGCCCGUGUCUGGCUCCAUCCUGCUGGGUUCACUUCAGCCACGGGGUCCUCUAAUUCCAUUUGUACGUAUGUGUGGCUUUGUAAAAGAGAGAGAGAGAGAGAACAGGUGUGUUUGUGUCAGUGUGCAUGUUUGUGUUCUAAAUCAGUAUGUGUAUGUGUUUGUGCGUGUAUGCAAAUGUGAUGUGCGUGUGCGUAUGUGUGUUCAUUGAGUCGGUGUGUGUGUGUGUGUGUGUGUAUGCACGUGUGAUGUGCGCGUGCGCAUGUUUGUGUACUGAAUCAGUACUUGCAUUCAGCAUGCUGUCUAAGAUUAAUCUAAGUUGUGUCAGAGGACUUGUUUGUUUUUCAUAAUUACUGUAUGUAAAAGGUUGUAUAUGUACAGUUUGUAUGUAUGUUAAUAAAAUAUAAACAUGGUUCAAAAUCCCAAACACCAUCCAUGUUUGCUGGGUUACCUGGACCAAUGACCCUAAUAGAGCAGGUCUGAUCUGUAAUCCUUCACACACUUCUGCUGCAAGACUCGGACACAAUGAAACACUCAAUAAAGCUCUAUAUCUCUA